AGGAACAAAAGUUCUUCUAACAUCGACUCAUUAUUAUUGGGAUUGGUUGAUAAUUUGGACAUGUUCAACCAAUACCAUUGGGGGACUCAUUCUUAUGAGUAUGCAUUAAAGCAACUCUAGAAAGGGCUGAAAGGAAAAGCAAAAUUAGUGCAUGAGAAAGCAAAGAAGAUGUCCUCAUUAACCUAUUCAAGCUUCGUUCUUCCAUUAGCGGUAAGAAAAUUGCCCUAAAUAAAGUUGAAGAACAUCCAUUAUGUCCAAAUACCUUGCAAUUUUUCUUAUUUGCAUGUGUAGACAUUAUUGUAUGAAUGUGUGUUAGUAGUGGUAAGAAAGUAUGUAGAGCUUUGAGAUGAUAUUGACAAAUCAAUACCGAGAAUUUGUCGAUGGAGGACUACUUGGAAGCGUAAAGAAACCUCCCUCUUAUAGUGAUGUACUAGAAGCUCUAGGUGAUUCCAAGGAUAUAAAAAGUAUCAUUUCACCUACUGAACGGGAGAAGAGAACGCCACACAUGCAAGCAUUCAUCAGUAUUCCUGGACCAAAGUCAAACUGCAUGAUGGAUAUGUUGACUACUGUGUUAGAGUUUGGAGGUACACUUAAUUGGGUCAAUGAUACUGAUAGGCAUGCGAUUUGUAACAAUGUUGGUGUUACAAGUGAAGGCCUAGCUACAGAAGUCGGUAAUAAAAAUCAUGUCCAAUCUGUGAGCGAAGCCACAAGAGAUGAUACUGAUAGACAUGAGACUUGUGACAAUGUUGGUGUUACAAAUGAAGGCCAAGCUACAAAAGUUGGACAAGAAGAGAGUCAAGGUGACUAGUUUGCUCUCGAAGCUCACAUAGAUCAACAAUUUUCAUUGAUAAGAUCACAAAUUGCAAUGUUGCCUUCAAAGAUAAUUUUCUUACUUCAACAACAGAAUAUCAUAUCAAUGCCCCAAUGUGAUGAUGGUCAUGGUGACAACUGUACUAGUGAUGAUUACAUGAGAACAUACCAUGAACAAUUUCCUCAUGUUGAUGACCAACCUCUUCUUGAUAAAGAGAAACCUCCCCAAGUUGAAGAGCAGCAUCAUCAGGUUGAUGACCAACCUCUUCUUAAUAAAGAGAAACCUCACCAAGUUGAUGGUCAACAUCUCCAAGUUGAAGAGCAGCAUCCUUAGGUUGAUGACAAACCUCCUCUUGAUAAAGAUCAACCUCCCCAAGUUGAAGAGCAACAUCCUCAAGUUGAUGACAAACCUCCUCUUGAUAAAAAGCAAUCUUCCCGAGUUGAAGAACACCCUCUAAAAAGGCCACUAAAGCGUUCACACUACAUGAAAUCACCAUACACUGACUCUUCGACGAGAAGAUCAUAUCCAGUUUGAUCCUAAAAAACAAAUUUGAUGACAUUUAAGAAGUAAAAAAAAGUAUUGAUUGUGAGCUUGGUUUACGAACUAUAAACUAUUUCCAGCGGAUUAUUAAAGACCAUGAAUAACUAUUUAGUGAGGUAUGACAUAUGCUUUUAUGAUUUCUUAUAUCUAAGACUUAAUUUUGUUUCCGCGUGUAUAAUGUUAUUAUUAAUUUUUUACAGCACAUUGAUGAUGCUCUAUUUGACAUUAGAAAGUGGCAACAUGAAUAUCAUGAUGUGAUUCCACAAGAAACAAUCAUUUUAGAUGAAAAAUUUAAUCAAUUGGUGACUAUCAACUUCAACCUUAACAUUAUUGAUGAUGAGAAAAGUCGAUAUAGUUCAGGGAAUCAUCCGCAUUUUUGAGGCAAGAAAUGGAAAGACUCAAAAAAGUUGUAAAUGACUUUAAACAUAAGGGACCAUCAUUGGGUUGCAGUUAAAGUAGACUUACAAGCAUUAGAGUUGAUUGUUUAUGACUGCAGUAUUGGAGCAACGUCAUUGAAAGAAAUAAAUGCUUUGAUGUUGCCACUUUGAACGAUGAUUCCGACUAUGCUUCAUGUAUCUUCACAAUUUGAGGACAUAACACAAUGUCUUCACAAACCAUGGACAUAUACACGCUUACUUACUGUUCCAAAAAAUUCAAGGUAAGUAUGUUUAUCUAAGUCUAUAUAUACAUGCUUACUUAGUCUAUAUUUAUUACAAA